AUGUACUCUGAUUUCAUAAAGGAGCAGUUUGAGCGCUGCCUGGACCUCUACCUGUGCCCCAGGGUGCGCAAGAAGCGGCUGCACGUCAACCCGCAGUCGCUGGUCCCCAAGCUGCCCAAGCCGCAGGACCUGCAGCCCUUCCCCACUCGGCUCGCCAUUCGUUUCAGCGGCCACGUCGGCAAGGUGCGCUGCCUGGCGCCGCACCCCGGCGGCCAGUGGCUGGCAACGGGUGGCCAGGACGGGUCGCUGCGGCUCUGGGAGGUCACCACAGGCCGCUGCACCCGCACCUGGCAGCUCGGUGGCCCCGUGGCCUCCCUGGCCUGGUGCCCCAACGCCGCGCUGCAGCUGCUGUCGGCCGCGGUGGGCAGCACCGUCGUGCUGCUGCCCUCGGGGCUGGGCGGGCCGGACGUGGAGGCAGCGGCGGCGGCGGCCCUCGAGCUGCCCGGCGGCGGCGGCGCGGCGAACGGCGGCGACGCUUCGCCGCUGGCGGCGUGGGCGGCGCGAGAGGGCGGGGGCGUGGAGAUCGCGGCGCGUCACCCGGUGACGCACGUGUGCUGGCACGGCCGCGGCGACUACUUCGCAUCGGUGGCGCCGACGGGCGCGACGCAGUCUGUCUUGGUGCACCAACUGUCCAAGCGCGCCACCCAGAACCCCUUCCGGAAGAACCGGGGCCGCGUCACGCGCGCCGCGUUCCACCCCGUCAAGCCGUUCUUCUUUGUCGCGACCCAGAACCACGUGCGUGUGUACAACCUGGCCAAGCAGGCCCUGGCCAAGAAGCUCAUCGGCGGCAGCGGGGCCAUCACCUGCCUGGCCGUGCACCCGGGCGGCGACCACGUGCUCGUGGGCAGCGACGACAAGCGGCUCGCGUGGUACGAUCUGGAUCUCUCGGCCACGCCCUACAAGGCGCUGCGCUACCACACACAGCCACUGAGGGGCGUCGCCUUCCACCCCUCCUACCCGCUCUUCGCCUCCGCCGCCGACGACGGCACCACUCAUGUGUUCCACGGCCGGGUAUACGCCGACCUCCUGACCAACCCCCUGAUCGUGCCGGUCAAGGUGCUGCGGGGCCACGCGGUCACAGACCACGCGGGUGUUCUGGACGUGGCCUUCCACCCGACGCAGCCCUGGGUGUUCACCGCGGGCGGCGACGGGGAGGCGCUGCUCUGGUGCAACUGA